AAGUCUAAUACGAUUUCUUCCGAAAAGGUUAUGCCCCUGGGAAGCAUCUUUCCAUUCCGACGGCGGUUCCCGACAUCUCAGUUUGUCUGUCUCACCGGUCGACCCUUCGUCAAUCCUGUGUACAUCCGCUUGUUUACAGUUUAUUAUUAGCAUGGGAGGAUUCAGAUAGCGCUGCAAAAAGAGGGCCGUUCUUUUGCUGUGUCUACUCCGCAUUUUACGUUGUGUCACACUCGAUAGUUGCACAAAAGCACCCUAUGUGACAGUCCCGCAAUGGUCGAGAUUUCGUGGCCCCCAAAGUCACCGCGAGACGCUCUCUUGAGCUCUCCAGGCGGCCGAAAGAGGCUGCAAGAGAUGCAGAGUCGUCGGGAAAACUUCAGCUCCCCCCUCAAACAAGCAGUGACAACACCGAAUCUGCGAAUAAAAGCGAACCGACUGUUGAACGACGGAAUUGACGGACACAUAGAGGACGAAGACAACGAUGACGACGAUGACGAAGAGACUCUCCAGCUGAAACUUGCCGCCAUCGAAGCCAAAUUGAAAUUGAAGCAGCUGCAAAAGAGCCGUGCGGCCAAGGGGGGUGAUGAUGAUGAUGGUAGUGGCCAGUUUCCACGGCCGUCAUCAUCUCGGUCUUCCGAGCACGCUCCUGCUGCCUGGAGUCCAAGAGGACGAACGCAGCCCGAGGAAGUUCAGGUCCCAUUGUCCCCGAUGAAGAGGCCUGCGCCUAUCGCCGAACCCGAGUCACCAAGACGAUUCAUGCUCGGUAUCGAUAAAGGUCUCAAAGGCCACGAUGUGUCCCUGAAGCGUCCGCCCAGCUUGAGAUCGGGACUUUCGUCGGCGAGUAGCUCAGGGGCUCGAAGGCCUGGCACCAGCGACUCACUCGUGUCUCAGGCUCAUUCUUUUCCUGGAGACGACGGUAUUAGACGAAUCAAGAGCUUUAGCGAGAGGAUGGCCGAGAGUCGAUCCAUGGAGAAAAUAGAGAGAUCCCGCCUGGAACGAGCAGAGAAGCUACGCCAGAGUCGAAGUUCGGCCUUUCAAUUGGACAAAGCAGAGAUGGAAUCCUUCAAGACGGCAGCUGCUAAGGCUGGAUUAGACUCUCGCCCAAAGUCUCCUGUCAGAGCGCAAAACCAAGAAGCCUUCAGCCGUGAGGAUGUUUUGCGGUCAUAUCACUCGAAUUCGUCUGGUGUCAAAAGAAGGAACACAUCUCCCAGUAAACACGGCGUGGGCAUGUCCCAAGAGAACAAAUCUCAUCUGCACAGACGGAACCACAAGUCCGAAUCUGACGUGUGGUCUUCGCAGCCUACAAGCGCACACUCUUCUUUCAGCAGUGAAGCGCAAAGCGAAAAGGAAAACGCUCCAGGAAGGGCGCCUGACUCGUCCAAGUUCGAGGGUUAUUCCUCGCUGCAUCUUUCGAACCGCAUCCUUCCCCAUUCCUUCCUGAACAGAACUCUCAGUGGCAAGAAAGUUUUAAAGAUUCCUGAUCUCCUCAGGAUGGUCAAGGCGCCCGACUUUGAUCUCCCCGACGUAGAUGGAGAUUUCGUUGUGUUCGGGAUUGUCGCUUCCAAGUCAUCUCCCAAAGAUAUCCAGCAACCCAAAAACCGCACCACAAAGGAGGUUGAUCCAUAUGAUGACGGCCUGCAAAAUACAGACAAGUACAUGGCUAUCACCCUUACUGACCUCAAGUGGACUGUUGAUCUAUUCCUCUUCGACACCGCUUUCCCACGCUAUUACAAGCUCUCCGAAGGUGUUCUCAUCGCUAUUUUAAACCCUACAAUAAUGCCACCACCUAAACACAAGCUAGAUACUAACCGGUUUAGUCUGGCAAUUUCAUCAUCCGACGACAAGAUCCUCGAAGUCGGUUUCGCAAGAGACAUCGGGUUCUGCAAGGCUGUCAGGAAGGAUGGUAAAACCUGUCAGUCAUGGGUUGAUGCCCGGAAAACCGAAUUCUGUGACUUCCACAUCGACAUCCAAGUCCGCCGAACCCAAUCGAAGCGAAUGGGUGUGAAUAACGGUACUGGAAUGUUUGGUCCUGGAGGACGUUCAGCUCCGCGGACUGGUUUCUUUGGAGGGAACGGGCAUAAAGGUGGACAAAGCGGACUGAAACCAGACGGCGCGCAAUACGAUCGUACAACACAGUCUGUAUAUUAUGUGGCGCCGGCCCCGUCCAGGAAUCAUAAUGGAGGCCCCUAUAGCCCUCAUCCUGCUGCAUUCGGCCGAUCAGCAGUCAGCCUCAUUGAUGCUGAUGAUGAUAACCUGUUCCUCCCUGCGGGGAUGAAUGGUCGGGGCAUGGAAAACAAGGAAGAACGUCUCCGAAGGCGUCUCGCUGAACAGCAGCGAGAGCGUGAGAUCACCAAGAAACUCUCUCGUUCCCGAGGCGGGGGCGUAGGUGCAGAGUAUUUACGAGUUCAAGUUGGCGGAGACGCAUCUUCUACUUCCCCUUCAACACCGUCAGUCCGACCUGCAGCGCAAGAGGUGAAGAAGUCACACUCAGCCAGCAGUCUGGGACUUACCAAUUUGCGCAAGGCUGCGGCUAUUCGGCUAAGUCCGUUAAAGCGGGCACACAAAGGUGACAGAGGCAGCAAUGUUGUGAAGAAGACGCGAUUCAUCACUGCCAACGGGAUUAGGGAAGCUGGACGUGACAGUCUUGGGGGAAGAGAUUCAGUAAUCAAGAAGGAUAUGCAAGCUACAUAUGAUGAUGACGAUGAUGACGAUCUAGAUAUUAUCUAGGUUGGCUGUUAUUUUUCUCCUCGAUUGUCAAAGCUCGACAUCGCAAAUGUGCGCGUGGACGUGUUGAACAUACAAUUAAGAGAAGGAAAUAUUAAAAGUAAUGGAUGAUCUCAACCUGCUCCAUCAAAAGAAAACUGGAUUUUCAUUUCUGUCAUUCUUUUUUUUUUUUUUUUUUUUUUGUUUUGUUUUGUUUUGUUUUGUUUCCCCUCAAGGAAAAUGCAACAGGACCAGCUCUAUUAUCACGAUGUCACGACAUGAAAUGCUUUGCAUAUUAUUCAUUCUCACAUCAUUCACUACUUUUAUCUGCCUUUUUUGUGGCUUUGCCCUUUCCUUCUUUUCUUUUUUCUUCCUUUUAUUUACCCUGCAAGCCUCAACUGGUCCUGAACGGAUUAUAUACACGAGUGCUACGAAUUUGAAUAAAAGCUAAUAUUACCUGAGGGACGACCUGUACCUUUCCUAGCUGGUCUAUGGGGUAUAUCAUGUUCUCGUUUAUUAUCCUCUUUUACUGUACAGUAUGAUGUCUGCAUUGAAAUGGAUCCAAC